AUGACUAUCUUCCACAUUGUGCUCUUCAAGUUCAAGGAUGAACUCUCGAAGGAGGUAGUCCAGCAGGCAUCCGAGGGCAUGGUCACGCUAGAAGCCAAGCUCCUGCACCCGCAGACCAAGAAGCCGUACGUGAGGAACAGGAUGGGCGGGAUCAAUAAUAGCCCUGAGGGCCGAGCUCGCGGCUUCACACAUGGAUAUAUCUGUGAAUUUGACAACGAGGAGGACAGGAUUUACUACCUCGAAGGCGACCCGGCGCACAUUGAGUGGGUGCAGUAUGUUAAGCCCUUCAUUGCGGAUGCACUGGUUGUGGACUUUGUCCCUGGGGUUCAUGUGUAG